ACUAGCUUUUACCGACGGCCGCCGUUCAAGUACGCACCACUUGUGUCUAUCAGUGCAAUAAACAACGGCUAGCACACACGGACUCAGAACAAACCCUUCCCCGAACAAUUACCACAAUAAAACUAAAAUAUCGCAAUUAGCUACAUCUCCACCCGAUCCUAAUGAAGGAUCUCCGGCCUGACUGACUAGGAGAUGGGAAUACUUAACAUAAUAGACCAGACUUUGCUGGUCCAGGCUAUAUUUAGCCGAAAUGCAGAGGAAGUUAAGUUUUUGUUGCACAAGAAUGAAGAAGUCAAUGCACUGGACCAAGAACGCCGUACCCCCUUACAUGCUGCUGCGUGUUUGGGCGACGUUCACAUUAUGGACCUCCUCAUUAAUUCAGGUGCUAGUGUUAAUGCAAAGGAUCAAGGCUGGCUGACACCCCUGCAUCGGGCAGCUGCCUCACGGAAUGAAAAGGCUGUGGGGCUGCUUCUGAAGCAGGAUGCGGAGGUCAAUCUGCGAGAUAAGUUUUGGCAGACGCCGUUGCACGUGGCGGCGGCGAACCGGGCCACACGCUGUGCUGAGGCCCUAAUCCCCAAGCUGAGCAGCCUGAACGUAGCAGACCGCUCCGGCAGGACAGCUCUGCACCAUGCAGCACACAGUGGCCACGUGGAGAUGGUGAAUUUGCUCCUCAACAAAGGGGCGAACUUGAGUGCCAGCGAUAAGAAGGAGAGGCAGCCAAUCCACUGGGCCGCAUACCUCGGGCAUCUGGAGAUCGUGAAGCUACUGGUGUCGCGGAGUGCGGACGCCAUGUGCAGGGACAAGCGAGGUUAUACCCCGCUCCACGCCGCAGCUGCCAGCGGCCAGAUCGAGGUGGUCAAGUACCUGCUGCGGCUGGGGUCAGAGAUUGACGAGCCCAACACUUUUGGGAACACAGCGCUCCACAUGGCGUGCUACACAGGCCAGGAGGCGGUUGCCAACGAGCUGGUGAACCGAGGCGCCAACGUCAACCAGCCAAACCAGCGCGGCUGCACGCCGCUGCACCUGGCCGCUGUCUCCACCAACGGGGCGCUUUGCCUCGAGCUGCUAGUUAACAACGGUGCUGAUGUCAACAUGCAGAGUAAAGAAGGGAAGAGUCCUUUGCACAUGGCCGCUAUUCACGGGCGCUUCACUCGCUCCCAAAUCCUUAUCCAAAACGGUGGGGAGAUCGACUGUGUAGAUAAAUAUGGCAAUACUCCUCUUCACGUUGCUGCUAAGCACGGCCACGAGCUGCUGAUCAGCACCCUGAUGACUAAUGGUGCUGACACAGCCAGGCAAGGGAUUAAUGGGAUGUUUCCAUUGCAUUUGGCUGUGCUCUACGGGUUUUCAGACUGUUGUCGCAAGUUACUCUCCUCAGGUCAGCUGUACAGCAUUGUAUCAUCUCUGAGCAACGAGCACGUGCUGUCAGCCGGGUUUGACAUAAACACCCCAGACAGCUCGGGGAGGACCUGCCUGCACGCUGCUGCCUCUGGAGGAAACGUUGAAUGUCUUAACUUGCUGUUGAGCAGUGGUGCCGACUUGAGUAACAAGGACACAUUGGGAAGAGCUCCUUUGCACUACGCUGCGGCGAAUGGGAGCUACCAGUGCACUGUUUCCCUGGUGAGUGCUGGUGCCGAGGUGAACGAGCUGGACCAGAAGGGCUGCAGCCCCCUGCACUAUGCCGCUGCCUCGCAGACCUUCCGCCGAGUGGACAGACAUUACUCAGUUGGACACCAUAGUGAGGAGAGGGCCAAGGAGGCCUUUUUUUGUUUAGAGUAUCUGCUGGAUAAUGGGGCUGACCCAGCUCUGAGGAACACCAAGGGUUACAGCGCAGUCCACUAUGCAGCAGCCCACGGAAACAAGCAGAACCUGGAGCUGCUCUUGGAGAUGUCUUUCAACUGUCUGGGAGACGUGGAGAGCAGUGUUCCAGUUAGCCCUUUGCACUUAGCCGCGUAUAAUGGUCACUGUGAGGCUUUGGGGGUGUUGUCUGAGACGCUGGUGAGUCUGGAUGUUCGGGACGCGGGGGGGCACACCGCCCUCUACCUGGCAGCGCAGCGGGGACAUGCUCAGUGCGUGGAGGUACUGCUGUCCCACGGGGCCUCCUGCCACCUCAAGGAGCGCCGCCGCAAGUGGACCCCGCUUCAUGUCGCAGCUUCCAACGGCCAAACAGACUGUCUGCUCAUGCUGGUCAACCGAGGAGAGAAGGCUGACGUCAUCGAUAUCGUCGACAUACAGGGACAGACGGCUCUGAUGCUGGCAGCUCUGGGUAGUCACACUGACUGUGUCCACAUCUUGCUGGAGAAGGGAGCCGGGGCUGACACCGCUGACAAGAGAGGCCGCACUGCUCUACACAGAGCUGCGGCGAUGGGCUGUGAGGACUGUGUGUCGGCCCUGCUCGAGCACGGGGCCUCUGCUCUGUGCAGGGAGUCCCGGGGACGCACACCCCUGCACCUGGCCUCCUCCUGCGGCCACAUGGAGCUCCUGCGCAGCCUGCUGCAGGGUGCCACAAGCACCGACCCCCUGGACUCCUUGUUGGACUACAGCGGAUACACCCCCGCCCACUGGGCAGCCUACCACGGGCACGAGGACUGUUUGGAUGUUUUUCUUGACCACAAACCUUUUAGCAUACAGGAAGGAAACCCCUUCACCCCAUUGCACUGUGCUCUAAUAAAUGGCCAUGAUGGUGCUGCUGAACUACUGGUAGAGACCGUUGGAACUCAGAUGGUGAACAUCAGAGAUGCCAAAGGAAGGACCCCGUUGCACGCAGCUGCCUAUUCAGAGAGUGUGGCCGGGCUACAGCUGGCCCUGGUUCAGGGGGCAGAGGUCAAUGCGGUGGACACCACCGGACACUCCGCGUUGAUGGUUGCCGCCAACAACGGACAGACUGCAGCCGUCGAGGUCCUGCUGCACCAGGCCAAGGCAGACCUGACCCUGCUGGAUGUCAACGACAACACCGCCCUUCACCUGGCCUGCAGCAAGGCUCAUGAGAUGUGUGCCCUGUUAAUCCUGGGAGAGAUCAGCGACCCCUCCCUCAUCAAUGCAACAAACGGUGCACUGCAAAUGCCCCUUCAUAUCGCUGCGAGGAAUGGUCUGGCUACGGUGGUGCAGGUGCUGCUCAGCCGGGGGGCAGCUGUGAUGGCUGUUGAUGAGGAGGGCCACACCCCGGCCCUGGCCUGUGCCCCUAACAAGGAUGUGGCGGACUGCCUGGCCCUGAUCCUCUCCACCAUGAAGCCUUUCCCUCCCAAAGACGCCAGCGCCGCCUCCUCCUUUGGCCUCAACCUGCUGAAGCACUGUGGCAUCGCCGCCUGCGGGCCCCUGCCCAACGGCAAUCUGCGCCACACCUACGCCAAGGACCGUCAUGGCACCAUCGGCCUGGACGGCUGCUUCACCGAGUGAGAUGAAACCCCCUCCCAAACCUGCUCCCCCUCAGACCGCCAUACCCUAGGUGCCCCUGUCCCGUUGUAUCUCUAACUAGCCGGAUCACCCCUCUUUAAUCCACUAUGAUCCGGGUUACAACACCCCCCCCCCCCCCCCCCCCCCUUUCUAACACACAACAAGAGCAGGAAUAUACUUAGUUUCACGUGUGUGUGUGUUUGGAUGUGUGUGUGUGUGUGUCUGUCUGUUUGAAGAAAAACGAAAUCCCUAAUGGGUGUAGUCAAACCUAUAUGCAAUUAGUUGCCUCUCUCUGGCAUCAUUUUCAUUGUUUAUUUGUCUGUCGUCACUAGCCUGGGCUUAGGUAAGACACCCUCUGUCCAGUGUCCAGGACAGAGCUCGUCACAGAGUCCCUCUAAAUCCUACCAGCAGUGAUGAUUUUUACCCCUUACGAUAUUAUCAUGGAUGUUUUUGUUGAAUUAACAGAUUCACAAGCAUGUGUGACAAGUUACAGUAUUUUAGUUCUAAAUUAAAUUUACAUUUUUGGUGAAUUUUUGAUAUUGCACUUCAACAACGAAUAAACUAACCUCGCAAAUCCCAGUGAAAGCGAUGACCUAGUAGAAGGAGAACGGUGCCUCCAACUUCUCCUCUGACUUAAACUGGUGCAAUAUGCAGCAUGUGUGGGUAUUUCCCGUGCUGUGCGUCUCUGAAGAGAGAGAGAGAGUUGAAAGCUCUGCACAGAAACCCCAUAGAUUUAAAAAUAAGCGGUUACAAGCUGGUGUCUACUCCCCUAGACAUCCGACAACAAGCACUUCCUAAUGGCUAAGGCCAUCUGAGUGACACCAUCCAACGGGUCCAGACACUGCCUGACUGGGGGUUUCUGCAUUAGCCCCCCUCUCAAGGAGUCCAUACUAAAGGAAGAAGUUGUGAUUCUUGCCUGAACCCCACUACCGCUUGUCACUGUCGUAGGCGUUUCUGGAUAUUUAAACAAUGUUGUGCCUAUGGAACACUGAGAAUUACUGAGAGAUGACCCCACCCCCUCAUCCCCAACUAGUUUAUGCCCUCUGAUCUCCCACCUUAUCCCUGAUUAUUUGAGACUUAAAAAGAGAACAAUUCUAGUGGGACAUUUUUAACUGAUGAAACUCUGUUUUUUUAAAGAAAGAUGGGUUUAGCACACAUACUGAUUGCGGUAUAAGCUAUUGUUGUAUAAACACUUGUUUACACAAUGUAAACCGACGUCACAUUUACUUGUGAAUUGUCAGUCAAAUAUGUUUGCACAACAGAGCCAUGAGAAAAUACGUGUUUUUAAUAUAGCUGCUAAAAUAUUGCUGCCUUUUCCAUGGAUUGUGUUCACGGUUUCCGUCAAUGCGGAUCUACAUGUAAUGUUUAAUUUGACUCUUUACGUUAUUUGGAAUUGGAAGCAAUAUUCAGUCACAGGACAGCCUUCAAACUCUUAUAGCAUUUUUAUUUCCCUGCUGUUUGCUAUAGUGGAAAGGUUCAUGUCAUUUUCCCUUUUUUUAACCUAUUUAUCUAUUCAUGCCAAACAGCCAUACUUGUUUGCUUCUGUCUUCUUUUGCACAUUAGUUGAAUCAAAUUAGUUUUUGUGUUUCACUUGAUUAAGCUAUUUAUGAAGAUUGUUAGUUAUGUUAAUUAGAACAUAAUUCAAAUUAUGUUCACUCUGUUGUAAUUGUUUUCAUGUGGUUGUAGCGAUUUGAAAAAAUUCAGAUGACAAAAUCUAUCAGUAUUUGAUCUUACUCACACUUCCAUAAACUAAUUGGAAUUCAGGAACAUUUCAAAUCCAUGGUGUACUGUAAUAUUAAGCAUUAUCCUAUUUUGUUCAUGUAUUUUCAAUUUUACAUAAAUGUAGUUUGGCUUAGAUUAGUGAAAUUGUGAAAGUAGUGGUAAUGUACCAGUAUCUUUACUCUUCACAACAUAUGGCUAACACUGAAAACUAAAAUAUCUGCAUUCCGUUGCUGUGGUUAUGUAUGGACAGCUACUUUUUUUAAAAGCUUUUUUAAAUGUAUGAUUAUCAGCGUCACAAUGGCUUUUAUAUAUAAGUAACUGCAUCUCGGAAGUUGUUUAAGAAGUGUCUUAGAGGAUUUUAUUUAUUUGAAUUUCAAAGAAUACCAAAAGUGAUUGAUUUCUUUUACACCCAUUUUCAAGUAUGUGUGCUCCCGUUUCUCUUUUGCGUCAACAAGAACACCAUGUAGGCAUGUCUGGUACCAAUACCUCUAUCGUGUGAUACACUGACAACCUCAUCCACCUUUCUCAGUUGAAUAGUUUUUUUUUUUCUCGACAUGCCUCAGUCCUAUCACUUGUGUAACCUAAUGUUACCCCUAGAAUUGUUCUCUUUGAAUGGAAUAUCGAAACCAUUUAGCACAUCUCUUUAGAUGUACAUACUAUUAUUUAUAUAAGAAAAAAACAUUGCAUCAAUUUCUGAAUAAUUUUGCAGACUGAGAUUCAUUGUCAGUUCCUGGUGCAUUCAACCAUAUGGCUGGGAAGGAACUGUUUCAAAAAAGAAUGUAGGAAAAAAAUAGAUAAACAGAGAGAAAAAACAGCUUAUCUGUUCCGUGGCCAGUACUGGUAUUCUACAAGGUAUUUCAUGUCAAAGCGUUUAAGAAAAAAACAAGAUGACGAAGUCUAUCCCUUACAUGUAGGAAUAGCAAAUGCCAAAACCAGUGUCGUCGUUGUUCCUCACAUUUAUACUAAUAUGCUGAAAAAAAUGAUUGUAUUAAGCUACCUGAACUUUUUGUGGCAUUUUACAUAAGCCCUUUUAUAUGAUGUCAGAGAAGGUUUAGUUCAAUGACGUGAGAUCACAUCGAAUAGUAAGCCAUUAAAUAAUGUUCUUAUUAUGUUCAAGGGUGACUUGCUAUGUUAGAAUUUUUGGGGUUGGUUGAAAUAUGAACUUCUCACAACUAGGUCCCAUCCAUUGUUUAUCUUAUAUUGUGUGACAUUUCAUUGACCAUAGAUUUGGUUUAGCCUGUGGUUUUGUUAGGCUGGUUAGAUACGACAUUGAAAACAAAAAUCCCCUUUUGGAACACGUUUCAUGUGGGACUGAACACCUAAUUGUUCAAUUAGGGGUUCAAGAAAGCGUAAGUCAAGAAAGCAUAAGUCGAGUGUGUGGAGGUUAGAAGCCUAAAAAGGAUUACAUUCAUGAUAUACCGCCAAGACCCUUUUUUAUGUUUUUAUUUCCUCCCUCCCUAUUUAACCAUUCCGUUUACACUGUGGACAAGGAUUACCCUAGUAUUGUGUUUUUAGGGCAAUAGAACAAUGGAAAGCAUUUUUCGAUUUUCAGUAAUGCAACAACAAACAACUCUAUUUUCACUCAGUCCUGACCCAAAGCACUUAUUUCAAGAAUAAGCACUUUUGUAUAUUUAAUAUCUCUAUAUGUAUGUGUGUGUUUACAUAGGUUACCUAUGUAGAUAUGAACUUAUAUUUAGGGAAGACAAUACCUUCAAUGGAGAGAUGAGAGUAGAUGAACUGGUGACUGAUCUUCACGAUCAUGUGUGAUGUGUGGGUGCUUGUAUGAGAGAGACGGUUUAAUUGGAGGGUUAUGGUUCUCUUUGGGAUCAGCAUAAGGGAGCAGUGAAGAGUUGAGGGUCACCCCUUGGUGUGCAAAGGUACGCAGCCCAAAAUACAUUUCAAACGGAAAGUAUACUUGCACUGCCUUUCAAAAAAAAAAAAAGCAGGGGAUGAAACUCAAGAACAUGUUUGAUUAAGUGCAGAAAUGUAAGAUAUUACGUACAUUUGCAGACAUCUCCACUGAGCCAUAUUAGUCAAUUGCUGAUUUUUUUUAUUUUUAUGUAUGUCUAAAUUAAAGCAGGGGUUUUGGUUGUUGAAUAACUGACAUUUUUUCUGCACUGUUUAACUAGGAAAAAAGUAAUAGAAAUGAUGGGGACAAUAAUGAAAAAUGAACUAAAGCAACAUCUUUACCUCUGCCUUCUCCUCGUGCAUCGAUGCAGAAGGAUUGUGUUUUAUCUUGAGCCAUUGAAGGGUAUUAUUGCAUUCAGCGGAUGGGUUAGUCUAUUGCCUAACAAUGUGGUGCAUACAGUGCCUUCAGAAAGUAUUUAUGCCCUUGACCUAUUCCACAUUUUGGUGUUAAAUUUUGAAUUCAGGCUGUAUUAAAUAUUACUUUUUUCUCACCAAUCUACACAUAAUGCCCCAUAAUGACAAAGUGAAAACAUUUUUAUUGACAUUUUUGCAAAUGUAUUGAAAAUAAAAUGAAGAAAUACCUAAUUUGCUUAAGUAUUCACAUACCUGACUCAAUACUUUGUUUGAAGCACCUUUGGCAGCGAUUACAGCUGUGAGCCUCGAAGAGCUUUGCACACCGAGAUUGUGCAAAAUUUGCCCAUUUUUAAUAUUUUCUAAAAUUCUUAAAGCUCUUUCAAAUUGGUUGUUGAUCAUUGCUAGACAACAAUUUUCACGUCUUGCCAUAGAUUUUCAAGCCAAAUCAAGUCAACUGUAACACUCAGGAAAACUCACUGUAUUCCUGGUAAACAACUCCAGUGUGGAUUUGGCCUCGUGUUUUAAGUAAUUGUCCUGCUGAAAAGUGAAUUAAUCUCCCAGUGUCUGGUGGACAGCAGAUGGAACCAGGUUUUGCUCUAGGAUUUUGUCUGUGCUUUGCUCCAAUCCAUUUAUUGUGUUUAUCCUAAAACUCUCCAGUUCUUUUUUUAACCCAUAUUUUAUUAGGUAAGUUGACUGAGAACACAUUCUCAUUUACAGCAAUGACCUGGGGAAUAGUUACAGGGGAGAGGAAUGAGCCAAUUGUAAGCUGUGGCUGAUUAGAGGGCCAUGAUGGUAUGAAGGCCAGAUUGGGAAUUUAGCCAGGACACCAGGGUUAAUACCCCUACUCUUACGAUAAGUGCCAUGGGAUCUUUAGUGACAACAGAGAGUCAUGUCCCAUCCGAAAUACGGCACCCUACACAGCGCAAUGUCCCCAAUCACUGCCCUGGGGCAUUGGGAUAUUUUAUUUAGAUCAGAGGAAAGGGUGCCUCCUACUGGCCUUCCAACACCAUUUCCAGCAGCAUCUGGUCUCUCUACCAGGACCAACCCUGCUUAUCUUCAGAAGCAAGCCAGCAGUGAGAUGCAGGGUGUUAUGCUGCUGGCUUACAAGCAUACCCAUAACAUGAUGCAGCCACCACUAUGCUUGGAAAUAUGGAGAGUGGUAUUCAGUAAUGUGUUGUGUUAGAUUUGCCCCAAACAUAGCACUUUGUAUUCAGGACAAAAUGUGAUUCUCUUUUUUUUUUUGCUUUCUGAAGGCACUGCCUUAUGUCUAUCAGUACAAACCUCACUCCAAUAUAAUCAUUGUGACUCUUGUAGUCACGGGAUUAUUUUAUUUCCUCUCAAGUUUUAUUUUGUCAACAGUUGGCACAGGAGCAAUCACUCCUGUUAAUCAUGUACUCGCCAUUUUUUCUAUCAAGAUUGCCUUACAAUACCUCUCAAAUUAUGAAUCGUUGUUUUGUUACUCCAUUUUUUUCUGAUUUGCAUUUGGGAAUGUGUCCCUUUUUGUCUUACAUCAAUACCAUAUCAAAACAGUCGUCCUUAAAAACACCCCAUGCUGUUACCUAGACCCACAAGUGCCGUAGAAAUCCCUGUUUGUCUGCCUAUGGAAAAAGGAAGUGUCUAUGCAGAUUAAAAAAGUAAAGGUCAAGUUUGACAAAUGACAAUAAUACCUUACAAUGGCUGAAAUUGCAAAAAUUGACAACUUUCUCAGUGCUUCAGAUUGUAGGAAUAAGUGAUAUGGGAGCUUUGGGCAAGGGGAGGAAUGAAAUGCAUAGCAUUAGGUCAUUGUAAUUUGCAUGAUGCAAGACUGAUCAAGUCCAUUUUAUUUGAGCGUGAUCGAAAACAAUAUGGCAGAGUGGCUAGUAGACAGUAAAAUUGCACAAAAGUAGUUGAGUCAGAAUACUGUAAACUGAGUUACAUGUUAAGUUGGGGGAAUAACUAUUGAAAGGAAGCAUAUUCAACAUCUUUGUUUCCUUCCAUUUUUCUUUUGAGAAAAAUUCAGGGUACUUGAUUUUGGGCAACUUGUAAAAUGUUGCCAUCAGAUAUGUGAGUGGAAAAAAAGACUAAGUAGGGUCAUGUUGAAAUUGGAGAAUAGGAAAAACUUUUACUUUUGACACUAUUGUCCUUCAAGUGAGAAAGCAUUCAUCUGAGAACGAACACUUAUGUCAUGCUGAUUUUAAAUAACCUCCUAAAUUAGGUGUGGAAGGGAUAAAGUUAGAAACAAAGAGGCUGUUGGUUUCUUUUGGUUAUGCCAGUGAUCCCCAUGGUGAUGCUGUCCAUAGCGUAUUCCUCUGGGAUAUCUGCCAAUGACUGUACCUCGAGGACAUCGGUGUCCUUCAUUACUUGAAAACUCAUUGGAUGAAGGCAAUAGCUAGGCAGUUACCAUUGUGUUUUUCUUUUAUUUCCAUUUAAAAUAUUAUUUCGAAUCAUGAGUACACAAACGUUUUCUCUUCUCGAAGCAUAAUUAAACUGCUGAAUUAGAUCUUUAUUUGUCAUCGGUGUACUGUUAUCAAAGAGUUCUUCAAAGUGGCUACAAUUCACAAAAAAAGUGAAUAAAUUAACAUGUAAGAUGCGGUAAGUUAUAUUUAAGUGGAUUUUAACAAGAAGUUAAGUAAUCUCAUGUUAUAGUCCGUCAUAAAUUUACAUUUGAUCACCAAAACAAACACCUCUUGAUAUGGAUGGAAUUAUGUCUUAAGUAUAGAUCCAUGAGUGAAGCUCAAUAUUAAAGGGAUACUUCGGGGUUUUGGCAAUGAGGACCAAUGAGACCCAUAGAUUUCCAGUCAUUGUGCUAACGCUAGUUAGCAACUUCCUUCAAACUGUACGCAGACACAUAAAAAUGUUAUCCACGAGUUCAUCUGACUGGAGAAGUAGAUAAAGGGCCUCAAAUCCCGAAGUAUCCCUUUAAGUUCUUCCAUGAUUCUAACUGCUGCAUGUCUGUCCUAUGUCUAUGUACACAACAUAUUUAUUUGAGAUGUUCAGAUUCUUUGAUUGUAUAUUAUGUUUAUGCUUUCAUUGUUAAUUUGUCAUUGUUGUACAACUACACAAGGUGGAAAAGAUUUCCAUGCUUAUUCAAUCAUAACUUCCAAAUGCUUGUUAAAAUGGAUUAAAACUGUUGGUCCCACUUCAAAAAUAAGGUCUUGAAAUGUAGCAGUAAGAAGUGUAAUUUUGCAGAAUUUGGCACGUGUCUAACAUUAUUAUUGAGAGACAAUUGACAUUUGUUCCAUUUUAAUGUGGGAUUGCCCAUACCCCUGUAUAUCGCGGCACAUAUACUUUAGGUCAUGGAGAAAAUAAAUAAAAACAAACACAAUAAACUGGUUAUAGAAUUUAACAAUUAUAUAUUGACUCCAGACUUCUGGCCUUUUCUUUUUACAGAGGCCGUAAUUUUUUUGUUAGCACGCAUGUAGCUAGUGCUCUUUUCUGCAUUAUAGUCCUCAUAGGUGGUGUGGCCUGUUGUACUGUCCAAAGUUUGUUUGGUCCUGAAUUAACCAGUGGGAACUGGUUGAAUACGUUUGUCUCUCUUGUGCCUCUGUAGUUAAGGCUUAGCAACAUAUACCUAUGAUCAAAACAAAGCAUACUGAUCCUUGGAUUCACUUUAUUCAACCCAGUAGUUGGCUGCUUUGAAAAACUUCAGGGACAAAAUGUCGACACACCAAUUGCUUUUAUUUUGUCCGUUUUCUCUUCCUCUUUAAGGGCAGUUACUGAGUUGACCUCUCACUCCAAAAAUACUAUCUAAGAGUAACGUUACUCUUUAAAGGGAUGCAAUGUUUUUGUCUUAGUGGAGAGUAAUGUCGACACUUUCUAUUGUGUGACUUCAUGUAUUACUUGAUUAGCCAUAAUCAGACAUCGAACAGCUUACCUCAAGAUGUUAUAUCUCGCAAUGAUUUUUAUCCAAGCCAGUGCAUUUUGUUAAUGUAUUGAACCUCAUUGGAGAGUAAAUGUUAUCUGAAACAUAUUAUGCAACAUGAAAACAUUUAACUUUUUUCUCUUUGUUUUGAUGGUUCCUUCAUGACUUGACUGCUUCUUGACAACUACCCAUAGGAUGGACAAUGCAAAUAGGUGAAUAAGGAUAUUAAAUCAUGAUAUUUACAUUAAAGGAAUGCCUUAGUAGGCAAAAGAGAUGUCUCAGAACGGAACUGGUUUUAGAUCCAUCAUAAAGUACCUUAUUUAUGAGAGUUGUGUGCAUUCUUAUACUGUAUGUCACAUGGCUGCUCAAAAUUAUGGGGUUGGAAUCUAUUUUGAUGUCGUAGAAAAUUGAAGCUGGUUAAAGAAUAUUAUUUGAACUUGUAAACGGCAAAACUCAGAUCCUCUAUUACUGUCAAUACAAUCCUGACUGACACUUUGUCCUGAUACAAACAGGUAUACUAAACUGUGACAUUAGAAAACAAUUGAGCAAAUAGUGAAGUCUGAUUUUUAUAUUUUAUGCAUCAAGAAAUUGGUCUUCCAUUCAUGCCAACUGAAAGCCUUAUUGUUGAUAAAAGUUGAGGUCGCACAACUACUCACAAUCACAGACGGGGUGAAGUUAGUGAGCCAUUGUUCAUUCAUAAUACAAAACAUGAUGCUAUGCUAUAGUGCUUCCCAAUCUCAUCAUCCAUGUGGUCCACUGUGGCUUGAAUCCUGGAGAAAUUGUUAAUUGGCUGGAUACAUUUUUCAAAGCACAAAUCCAAAGAAACACUCGUGCUGUUGUCAUAAAUCCAAACACCUGGAUGUACAACUUGACUAGUUUAUUUAGCUCUUGUUUGAUUCUUGCCUUAGUCUUGCUUGGCUUGCCAUAUUUUUCAAUGAACAGCCUUUCUUAAGGGACCUGAAAAACCACACAGUGAAAUAGUUUUGGAUCACUGUAGUGAUAAUACUGAAGUUGUAGUGUGAAUUCAUAACAAAAGCAAUAUUGGCAAGUGCACUUUGUUGGAUGUUCUAAGCACAUCACUAAAAAUGCACUGCAGACAGUAGUGUGUAGAGAUUGUUGAUUUACUUACUCAACUAAAUGGUAUUGAAAUCAACAUGGUGAAUUAUUAUAAAGCUGAGAGAGAGAUUUAAUAUUUGACAUUUGUAGUACCAUUUUAGCAGUGUAUAUGUUGAUUUGAUCGGGAUGUAGUUUUAGUUGGUGUCUGUACAACCCCUUCUAACCGUAUUUCAAGUAUUUGAAGGCAAAAAAGAACACACUUAAGAUAAUCAAAACUUAAAAGUUGUAGCUUAAACAUUUAAUAGCUAGUUUGUAUGCAACCCCUUUAUUUGGGCAUCUAUGUUUGUGUUUUAUAGAAAUUGUUCUCUGUAUUGCGAUAUGUUCUAAGUAUAAUAUAUGUCAUCUUCAUGGUAACAUCAAGGCACUGGGUUUGGUUUGAGUUGGUGGUAGAAGAUUGUAAUUUGUGGACAAGAAAGACAAUGGAUUGCUAUGCCAUAGAACUUAAGGAUGUAGCGAUUACUUUUAUAGGACAGUGAGUAGGCAUAGAGUUCUGUGUUUGUGUGAUGAUUUGGGCAGUUAGAUGUCAUGUCUUCAUUAGUGAGUAUGUUGUCAAGAAUGUGAGUGUGAGAUGGCAAUAUGAACUGCUAUCAGGAAAAGGGCAAAGAAAAAGUGUCUUUGUUGAUGGCUAUUGUACUACUUUACACACUUUCCUGGUUUACAAAUACCGUAAAGAAUAUUGUUAUUUUGUUUCUAAUUGGUAACACGAAGUACAUUCCCUUUGAAACACAAGUGAUGUUUGUAAGAUUCUGGUGCUAUGGUCUAAUAGUUUUUGGUUUGAGUCCAUAAAUGUGAUUAUUUUAAUUUGAGCAUAUUUGAAGAUUAUAAUAUGUAAGGUUAGGCCUACUGGUUUCUGGUACAGUAUUCUACGUAGUAUGUGUGGUAGCCUAAUAUGCAUUAACUGACCCUUUGAAUAAAAUGUAAAACUCUAGUGUAAUUGAAAGCUUGAGGUUGGUGGUUGGCCGUGUCCUUUGCCUUAGCAGCCCUCCUUUUUUAUUUUGGUUCUGGAUAUAUUAAGCUCUUAUUCAGGAGGGCAGAGGCAUCUUGUUUUGAUUCAGUCAUUGGACAUUGCUUUGUAUGAGGUGGGGAUUUGUUUACUCCAUAGACCAGCCAGGCAAAAUAUAACAGGCCAUGUCUACGGGCUAUGACCUUGAAUUAUUAUGUGCUUUGAUUGGCUAGCAGUGUCCUGUCCACAUUGCUUCUGCUAGAAUUUCAUUGGCUCCUUGUUUCGCUGCAAUUCUUUUCACCAUCUCGGAAGUUGCGGGUUAAAGUUAUGAAUUGGUCAAGAAUUUCAUGUCAGGGACAAGUCGUUAAAAAAAAUUGCAUAUCUGGUUGUGGUCCUUAGAAUGGAUAGGAUAUGCCAAGCCAAUGUUUAGGACAGCAUGUUAACCUCUCAUGUGACUUCAGUGUGAACUGUAGGUGAUCAUGAAAGUGUUUAUUGUGCUUCAUUUAGGCCUAAUUAUAAAUUCAGGUGGUGCAAUGUGAGCAAGUGAAAAUGCAUAAAAUGCUUUUUCAGGCCUUUUAUCAACUUUUCACUCUUUUCUCUUGCACCUUAGGCUCUGUUUUGAAGUAAAUUACGGCUACUGCUGCCUGGUGGAGAGUUUGAGCAUGCCUGCAUUCAGUAUUGUAUAUUUUCUAGAGCCUUCAGUUGCUUACAGCAACAACAAAAAAAUUCUUAUAGGUUUUACUAGCAUGACAUUCAUUGUGCGAUAUUAAAAUCAUAUUACCUCAGAAAAUAUAUAAAUUACAAUUAAGGAAUUGAAAUAGGGUAAAACGGUCUCUCAUCCAAAAUGGAAUCUCAUUGGCAAGAUACAAAGUCCAUGCUAUUAUGAAAGUAAAGAUUACUUUUGCUACUAAUGUAAUUGCUAUGAUCAUGUUUUGCCUACCUCCUUGAUGCACAACUCAUCUUUGUCUUCUUAGCUCAUAACCACCUAUACUUGUGUCUCAAAAAUAUGAACGCAUAUUAAUCACUUUUAAUCUAAAAGACAAAUCAAAUGUGAUUUUGUGUGUGUGUACGAGCAUGUAAAAUGAAAGGAAAAAUAAUAUAUCACAACAGCCACUGGAAUGUCAAGCCAAACUGUAUUAUGAUCAGAAUGAAAUCUCUUUAAGGUCUGUUGUAGCAUACACGUGAACCUCGUCUGUGGUACAUGUUUGCUAUCCUUCAGAUACUUGUCGCAACAAGGUACUUUAUGAUUGCUUUUAUUUAACCCCUUGAAAGUAUCCUUUAACCACCAGUAAUCAUCCGGGUUUUUACUGUACGUUUGUAAGUUGAGCCAUAUGUCUAAACAUCAAGUUUACAGUUGCAACUGUGUGAAACUACGAGAGAUUGGGAGAAUGUGUGUGCAUCUAACUUCAUUACAAAAGCAACAAAUAACUAAGGCUCUUACUGAAGUCUGAUUAUGAAUGUGGUGUUUACGUGUGAAGGUAAAUGUUAUCGUAUCCAGCCUUAAGCAUUCAAAAUAAAAUAAAUGAAUCAUUUGUCAUACUACCCCCCCCCCCCCCCCCCCCCCCCCAGACCUUUGAGAUUUUGACUGAAGCAGAGGAAUGUGCGAUGCAGCAUUAGGGGUUAAGAGAUGCCCUAAAAGAGACAUACAACCCCUCCCUCCCACUCCUGAACAAAUAUCCAACUGUCAUGAUAAUGCAAUCCUUGAAAGCACUUUGCCUUGGUAUAUCAUUAAGUGUGCUAGUGAAUGGUUAUUUGUUACAAAAAAUUUACAUGCAUAAUGAUUUGAGUGAAUCAAACAACGUAAUCUGCAUUGACCUUUGACAUUACAGGAGAGACUUAACAAACCAAGGCAUUGAAACCUUAUCAAUUUUAUACAAUGUAUGCCGCAGCCUAUGAGUCUUGUCAUUUAGUGUUGUGGCUUAGGAUUGGUUGUUUAAAUAAAGUGCUAUUGCUUAAUAUCUA